CCUUCUCCUCCCAAUGUCCUCCCCCUCUCUUCCCUUCUGUUUCCUUCCCUCUCAGCGAAGGGUGGCGGGCGGUCUAACGAGCCCGUCAGAAGCUCCGCGAGUGAGCGUAAAGAAAACAGAAUGGAUCUCCUCUUAGUUAUCGGCCUCGCCUCGGCGUCGCUUGUCUUAUCCCUUGCCCUCCUCUCCCUUGCCUACGUUACCAUGUUGCGCAGGUACAGGAUACCAUGCUGCGGGGGCUGCCGUGACGCCGACGACCUGGAGCUGGGCCACCACGCCGGUGCUCGUGUCGCCGACGGCCCCGACCCCGAACCGGAGCUCGAGCCGGUUAAGGGCGAACCCGCCCCCCGCCGGUUCGGGUGGCCCGAGAUCGAGUCCCUUACAGGUAACUUCAUCUCCUCCGCCGUCAUUGGCGAGGGUGGCUCCAGCACUGUCUACCUCGCCUCCCUCCCCUCACCUCCCUCCUCCCUCGCCGCCCUCAAGGUCCUUCGCUCCAGCGAGCGCCUCCACCGCGCCUUCCGCCUGGAGCUUGACGUCCUCCUCCGCCUCCGCCACCCCCACAUCGUCCGCCUCCUCGGCUUCUGUGACGACCGGGAGGAAGGUGUUCUGGUGUUCGAGUACGUCCCCAACGGAACCCUCCACGAGAAGCUCCACGGCGGCGCGGUGCUGCCGUGGGAACGGCGGGUGGCGAUCGCGUACCAGGUGGCCCAGGCGCUGGAUUACCUCCACGAGCGCUGCGACCUCCACAUCGUCCACGGGGACAUCAAAGCUUCCAACGUUCUCCUGGGCGACACAUUAGACGCGAAGCUCUGCGACUUUGGGUUCGCCCGGAUGGGGUUCUCGGCCGCGGUCCAGCCGCCCUCGACCCGGUCCGUCCAUCCCAUGAUGGGCUCCCCGGGCUACGUCGACCCCCACUACCUCCGAUCGGGAAUCGUCUCCAAAAAGAGCGACGUGUAUAGCUUCGGUGUACUGCUCUUGGAGUUGAUCACGGGAAUGGAGGCCUUCUGUUCGGAGAGGGAGCAGCUAUUGACGGCCGUGAUGGGCCCGGCGCUGCGGGACACGGGAAGGGGAGCGGGGGAGAUGGUGGACCCCAGAUUAAAUGGAGAGUACGACACGACGGAGGCCGCGGCGAUGGCUGCUCUCGCCGCGCUCUGCGUCGGGGAGAACCCGACCCUGCGGCCGUCCAUGGCGGAGGUAUUGCGGAUCAUGGACGAGAAGGCGUCUUCGUCGAUCUCGACCGUUGAUUCCAAAUCGAAAGGCAUGCCGGAUUUGUAAAUUUCUUUAUAAUCUCAGAUUAAUAGACGUAGGAUUAGGAAGGUGUGUAUACGUACAUACAUGGAGAGAAAUAAUAUCCGUUAGCAUUAAAAAAGAGUUGUAAUUGCGGCCUGCUUCAUGCGCAUGUUGGGAAUUCGAAGAAAACGAUCACUUAUAUGCGGUAAUUAAAUUCUUAAAUUUGCCGAA